ACCUCACUGGCCACCAGAAGGCUGUGGAGGUCAAACAUCCCUCACCACCCUCCAGAAACAGCACAAACCCACGCUCUGCUCCUUCAUCCGGGAGGUUGACACAGAUCCUGGGACUGUUCCAGCCUAGAGCCUCCUCCUACCUGUGACCUGAGUUCCCAGCCCACUGUCUGCCAUGAAAAUCCUUCCUUUUCUCCUUGUUUUUCUUUUGGUGGCAUUCCACGGAGCUGCAGGUAGAAGCUUGGCAAGACCCAGGAGACCUUACAUGGAGUGUGGAUAUCGUGGGACUUUCUGCCACAGGGGGAAAUGCCCUCGUGGCAACGAUUACUUGGGGUCAUGUCGUUUUGGGUAUAAUUGCUGUAGAUGGUAA